UAAUGAAAUAGUGCGUUAUUCGAGUAUACUAUUUAAACUAAUGAAAUAGUGCGUUACUCGUGUAGGCUAUUUAAACUAAUGAAAUAAUGCGUUAUUCGUGUAUACCAUAUUACUGUUGUGAAUGAAAUAGUGCGUUACUCGUUUAUACUAUUAAUAUUAUUAUACUGUUGUAAAUGAACUAGUGUGUUAUUCGUGUAUACUAUUAAUAUUAUUACUGUUGUUAAUGAAAUAGUGCGUUACUCGUGUAUAUUAUUAGUAUAAUUACAGUAAUAAAUGAAUAGCGCGUUACUCGUGUAGACUAUUAAUAUCAAAUCAAUGUAACAUAUGCGAAUAUUAUCCCUGAAUAAAUUCAAUAAAUAACAACUAGGAAGUUUGUAGUAGCGAGGACAGGAAGAGAGCAGCCAUGUUGAAUUUAGUGUUAGAGAGUCUACAGGUGUUAUGUUUGGUGUUUUAUUAUUGGUUGGAGGGUAUUUAUUUCUCGAUUAUACCAGCCAGUGUUCGCGGUAAAGAUGUGUCUGGAGAAACAGUUCUUAUUACUGGAGCAGCUAGUGGUAUUGGUCGUCUGUUAGCCAAAAGAUUCGCAAACUUGGGAUGUCGUUUAAUAUUAUGGGAUAUAAACAAAGAAGCCAAUGAAAAAACAGCUAAAGAAAUACGAAAACAAGGAGUAACAGUUCGAACGUAUCGGGUUGAUUUGUCCAAUCAGAAAGAUAUUUACGCAACAGCUGAUAAGGUGCGAACAGAAGUGGGUCAAGUGGAUAUAUUGGUUAAUAAUGCUGGAAUUGUUACUGGUAAAAAGUUUCUCGAAUGCUCGGACGAAAUGGUGCGAAAAACAAUGGACGUUAACGUCAUGGCACACUUCUGGACUGUCAAGGCCUUCUUACCAACAAUGAUGAAACGUGAUCAUGGUCACGUGAUAAACAUAGCCAGUUCUGCGGGUUUGAUAGGUGUGACUGGAUUGGCUGAUUAUUGUGCUAGCAAGUUUGCAGUUGUCGGUUUUAACGAAUCGUUACAGUUUGAACUGGACAGUUUAGGGAAGACGGGUGUUCAUACAACAGUUAUCUGCCCUUACCUGGUAAACACCGGCAUGUUUGAAGGCUGCCAAGCAAAGUUUCCGUGGAUUUUACCUAUGUUAUUACCGGAAGAGGUCGCUGAUGGAAUCAUUGAAGCCUUCUUAUGUAAUCAACGGGUGGUUUACCUACCCAAAAUACUUUAUUUCUUUCUGGCGCUUAAAGGGAUUUUACCAACUAAAUGUCUGUUUUUGAUUUGUAAUUUUAUGGGUGCCAACAGUAUGAUGGAUACAUUUAAAGGCAGAACAAAAUAAAUUAUCAGAAAAAGGCUGGAUUUUAUCUCCAGUUAAGCACAGGGACUAGUACAGCACAUGGACCAGUAACGCACAGGGACUAGUAGAGGAAUUUACUUAAUGUCUGUUUUUGAUUUGUAAUUUUAUGGGUGCUAACACUAUGACGGAUACAUUUAAAGGUCGAACAAAAUAAACUAUCAGAAAAAGGCUGUAUCUAGUAAAGCACAGGGGCUAGUAAAGCGAUUUACAGCACAGAGAAAUAUUGACACAAAAAAAUGUAAAUGUAUGUGCUUGCUUCCUCAUCCUUGCAAAAACUAGGAUUAUUCCGUAUGCGAAGCUGGCUUCACGAGGAUGUUACCUCAUAUAAUUUGGAUCUUGCCAGUAGUGACAGUUGUCGUAAAUAAAAGAGAAGUAAGCAGAAACAAUGUGUUGCCCCUCCAUCCUCAUGAAGGUCUUCCAAAUUGUUCUCGUGGUCUUAGUUAUUUGACCAGGACCCGAGUUCACAAAGCAUUCUCAGACUUAAACAUACAUUAUGCAAGAGCUAAAUCUGCCUAUUGCAGGUCUAUUUAGGCCUGAAAUGUUAUCUAAUUUAUUACCUAGACAUUAAUUAACUUAUCCUAAAGCCAUAAUCAACUCUCGAUGGCAUCGUAUUUCUUCGCUCGCAAUAGAGUAAUUUGAAUGAAAUUUUCAAAUUAUUCAUUUUACAUUAUCUAUUUUUGAACUAUUAUAGCAAGAAUGGCUAGCUCUUUAUCUAAAUCUUACAUAAUAUAUCUUUAAGUUAAGAAUUUACUCAAAAUUGUGCACCUUAUUGUAACUAAAAUAUAGCCCUUUAUAAAACUUUUGUCGUUUUAAUGUAUCAAAUACAUCAAUAAGAAACUAUGUGCAAAGUUUUGUGUUUCUGGAUCAGAAAUAUUUCUCAUAAACAUUGAUUGAAAGUUGAGUAAAUUCUUAACUUAAGUCCGAGAAUGCUUUGUAAUUCGGGGCCUGAUAUUUAAAGUUGUAAGUGGGCCCCAGCAUAAAAUCAUUAUCGACCCACACCAGAUUACGAUUUGGGAACAUUCUAGUUUGUGCUCUCUCUCUCUCCCUCUCUCUCUCUCUCUCUCUCUCUCUUCCCCCACACAUAGAUAUGAAUUGAUGUUUCUUGGUGCUGUAAAUUGUUAUAAAUCCUAUUUAAUAUCAACACAGAGCCAAAGUCACUUUUUACUUGUAGCUCUGAUAAAAGUAACCUUGCUAAUAUAAGGCCGCGGAAGUAUCAGAUUGCGCAGAGCAGAGCAGUCAGCGCAAACUGGCCACAGCCGCCUUGAACUGCAAAUUUAUUUUUAAAUCCCUAUCAUUUAGAUUCAGUUUUAUAUUUAAAAUGUAGGUGUAUCAAAUUAAACAAGUUUUGAAAUUUAGAUUACUUUUAUCAGAGCUGAGGUAACACAAAUGGCGCUGUGUACACUGUACAUAUAGUUUUAGGGUGAGAUCUAUUUAUUAAGGCCAUCUUCAGAUUUUUUCAAAGAUCACGAGAUGUAAACAGAGUUAACGCUAACCCAAACCCUGGACCUAGCCCCAACCCUUACCCAAAAAUCACGUGCCCUAACCUUAUUUACAUCUCAGCGACCUUGACGAAAUCUUGAGUAGGCCUUAAGAAACACAUCUAGCCAUUGUUUUAGCUAUGUAAACUCUUGUCUGGUAAACGGUCAACUUGGUGCUCAGUUAUUGUAUAUAUUAUGUGAUACCGGUGAUGUACAUUAUUAAUAACCAUUACAACAGGAUUGAUGCCAUGACAACGGUAUCGGUACCUGUGACAAACAACGGUAUUAAUACCUGCGACAAACAAUAGUAUUAAUACCCAUGACAACAUUACCAAUACCCAUGACAACGGUAUUAAUACCCGCGACAACAGUACUAAUAGCCGCGACCAAUCUGAUUAAAAUCCAUAUCUAUUUUUCGUUUAGGUUUAUUAUACUUUCGAUAGCCUACACUACACGGAGAUCUGACUAGUUGUACUGGGAGGUCGCGUCAGGGGACAUUCGAGCGGCUUUUGACCUUAUGACGUCAGACAUUUAUUAAUCAAUCAGCGUUGACGUUUCUAGGGCUUUACCAACAGUUUCGAGCAGACCGUUCCAUUGGCUAACUCCUCACAUCAACUAGAUCCUAGUGUUGUGAAGACAGUAAAACGAAAUUUUAAACUAUAAAAAACGAAACGAAAUAACAUCUGUGGUUUAAUCAGAUUGUCCGGCGACAACACUUUUAAUAUCCGCGACACCACCAUAAUAAGAUGUAAUAAUUAUUUAUUGAUUUCACUGUACAUAAAAUUGAUUUUAAUAAAGUUUUAUACCCCC